GAACUGGACCCCCGUUUUAACGACAUCCUGGGCAGGCAUUCCCGCAAGCGAUGGGAGCGCUUCGUGCACAGCGAGAAUCAGCACCUGGUGAGCACCGAGGCCCUGGACUUCCUGGACAAGCUGCUGCGCUACGACCACCAGACUCGGCUGACGGCCCGCGAGGCCAUGGAGCACCCCUACUUCUAUCCGAUCGUGAAGGACCCAGCCAGGCUGGCCUCCUCCACUGUCCUCUCAUCGGCUAACACACCUGUCAGCUCCUCCAGCAUGUUGGCAGGCAUCGCCUCCAUGUCAGCCGCCCAGCCCAUUGGCAGCUUGGCUGCCUCCCCCGUCAUCUCCUCCCCGAAUGCGCUGGGCUCGCCAGUCCCCGCAGCCGCCGGAGCUCAGCCGUGA